UUGAUUGCCUGUUUUCAAUUCUACACAUCACAGGUUUAAGGAAGCUGGAAUUCCUGCAGUCAUUGCCAUCCCUGAAGACCCUAUCUCUCAAGGAUACUAAUUUAAGUCAAGGAACUUUCUUCAAUUCAAGCACCCUUGAAGAAUUGUAUCUAGAUAAUACUUCUCUCCCAGUAAACUUUCUCCAGAACACUAGAGCAUUGCCUGCUCUUAAAGUUUUGUCUGUUGCUGAAUGUGACCUCCAUGACACCCUACCCGCUCAAGGUUGGUGUGAAUUGAAGAAUCUGAAGCAGUUGGAUCUCUCUAGAAAUGAUUUAGGAGGUUCACUCCCAGAUUGUUUGGGAAACUUAUCUUCUCUACAACUAUUAGAUGUUUCUGAAAACCAGUUUACUGGAAAUAUUGCCUCCGGUCCUCUUACCAAUCUCAUAUCUCUUGAAUUCCUCUCACUAUCAAAUAACCUCUUUGAAGUUCCCAUUUCAAUGAAGCCUUUUAUGAACCACUCAAGCCUCAAGUUCUUCUCCAGUGAGAACAACAGACUAGUAACGGAAUCUACUGCCUUUGAUAAUUUGAUUCCAAAGUUCCAACUAGUCUUUUUCCGCUUGUCAAGUAGUCCAACAUCGGAAGCACUCAAUGUAGAAAUUCCCAACUUCCUCUAUUACCAAUACGACUUAAGAACCCUUGAUCUCUCCCACAACAACAUCAGCGGAAUGUUUCCAUCGUGGUUGCUUAAGAACAAUACACGAAUGGAGCAACUAUAUCUGAGCGAGAACUCCUUUGUUGGUACUUUGCAGUUGCUAGAUUACCCAUAUCCGAAUAUGACCGAAUUAGAUAUAUCCAACAACAACAUGAAUGGUCAAAUUCCAAAAGAUAUUUGUUUGAUCUUUCCAAAUCUGAUGAUCUUAAGGAUGGCUGAGAAUGGAUUCAUAGGUUGUAUUCCUUCUUGUUUAGGAAAUAUUAGCUCUCUUUCAUUUUUAGAUUUAUCCAACAAUCAAUUGUCUACAGUAAAACUAGAACAACUAACAACAAUAUGGGUUCUCAAGCUGUCAAACAACAAUUUGGACGGGCAAAUACCGACCUCGGUGUUCAAUUCUUCUAUCUUAGAAUAUCUCUACCUAGGUGGCAUGCUUCCAAGGAGCUUUGUUAAUUUUACGAACGAUGGAGUACUUGAUUUGUCCAAAAACCAUUUUAAGGGUCCGAUCCCAAGAGAUUUUUGUAAGCUUGGCCGGCUUGAAUAUUUGGACCUUUCUGAUAACAGCUUGUCUGGAUAUAUGCCAUCUUGUUUCAAUCCACCACAAAUAACCUAUAUUCAUCUAUCCAAAAAUAGAUUGAGCGGUCCAUUAACACAUGGAUUUUAUAACAGCUCUUCCCUGGUUACGAUGGAUCUUCGAGAUAACACCUUCUCCAGCUCCAUUCCAAAUUGGAUUGGCAAUCUUUCAUCAUUGAGUGUUCUUCUUUUGAGGGAUAAUAUUUUUGAUGGUGAGCUCCCUGUUCAGUUAUGCUUAUUAAAACACUUAAGCAUUUUAGAUGUUUCACAAAACCAGCUCUCUGGUCCACUACCCUCCUGUCUGAGCAAUCUUACUUUCAAGGAAAGUUCCCAAAAAGCAAUAGUGGAUUUCAGAGCUAUUUUUCAAUCAAUGUCCAUAGAAAAAGGUUAUUAUGAAACAAUGGGUCCACCACUAGUUGAUAGUAUGUACAGAUUGGAAAAGGGUUUUCAGCUUAACUUUACAGAAGUGAUAGAAUUUACAACUAAAAAUAUGUAUUAUGGUUAUAAGGGGAAAGUUCUCAGCUACAUGUCUGGUAUUGAUCUCUCCAAUAACAACUUCGUAGGAGCAAUCCCAUCAGAAUUUGGAAACUUAAGUGAGAUACUGUCAUUAAACUUAUCACACAACAAUCUCAAUGGAUCUAUCCCUGCAACAUUCGCAAACCUAAAGCAUAUUGAGAGUUUGGAUCUUUCUUACAACAACUUGAAUGGUGCCAUCCCUCCACAACUUGCUGAAGUUACCACACUGGAAGUUUUUAGUGUGGCGCACAAUAACUUGUCAGGUAGGACACCGGAGAGAAAAUAUCAGUUUGGUACCUUCGAUGAAAGCUGUUACGAAGGAAAUCCUUUCUUGUGUGGACCUCCAUUGCAAAACAAUUGUAGUGAGGAAGCAGUGCCGUCACAGCCAGUGCCUGAUGAUGAACAAGGAGAUGAUGGUUUCAUAGACAUGGAGCUCUUCUACAUCAGUUUUGGUGUAUGUUACACAGCUGUGGUGAUGACGAUUACAGCAGUUCUCUACAUCAAUCCAUAUUGGCGACGCAGGUGGUUGUACUUCAUCGAAGACUGCAUAGAUACUUGCUACUAUUUUGUGGUGGCUAGUUUUCACAAGUUCUCCAACUUCAGAAGACAAUAUGACCCUCUGACUAUGAUCUUGAACUCAGUCAACAGAGCUAAGAUCCAGCGGCAAAGGAGCUCCAGCAACGCAGCAGCAGCAGCAGAUCCAGAUCCACCUCCACCAGCAGCGGAUCAAGCAUCUCCAACUGGUCAAGCAGUGGCAGAGAUGGCUCCAGCGGCUCCAGCAGUGGCGGCUCCAGCACCGGCGGUGGCUCCAGCAGUGGAUCCUUUGGAUCCAGAGGCGUGA